AUGUGCUCAAUAUCCAAAUGUCAUGGGUCUUAUAAAGAUAUCGGCGUAACUUUACAUAGACUACCAAAAGAUGACAGUCAAAGAAUACAAUGGGAAGGGAAUGUAAAAAAUCAUACUACAAAUUUUUGUAGUAGAAAAAAUAUCUUCAUCUGCAGCAGGCAUUUUUUACAAGAAUGCUUUUACAAAAUUUUAUCAAAUGAUCAAGCAGAUACUCUAUCUGAAAUGCAAUCACCAAUAAUGAUGGAGAAAAAAUCAACUAAUGAACCAACUGGUAUUGAUGCAUUGACACCUAGAAGCUUGAAAAGGAAAGCUAAAAAAUUAGAUAUAUCAUUAAAAACUACCAGAAAAGUUCUAUAUAACUACAACAAAAAAACUAAAAGAUUAAAAGUCAAACUUGAAGUAUAUAGAAAUGAAAUUGAGAUGUUGAAGAAAUACAACGAUGAACUUACCUCAACAUUACUUUCAUAUUCAGAUAUUCCAACAAAACUUUUCAUGAAACUGAACAAAACCUAUACUGAAGAACAAAAGCGUUUUGCAUUGACAUUACAUUUGUACGGUGGAAAAAGCUACCAGUUUUUGAAAUGUAAAGGAUUACAUCUGCCACAUAAACAUACAUUAGCACGGUGGUUAGAAUCUGUAGAUGGAGGACCAGGCCUCAAUCGUUCUAUGUUGAAUUUCCUGAAGAAAAAACACGAAACAGAUGCAAAACAAUUUACACACUGUUCUUUGAUGAUAGAUAGUAUGUCAAUUCGGAAACAACUGAUAUAUUUAAAACAUAAAGGUGUCUAUUCCGGUUAUGAACAUUUUGGUGGAGACUACACAUCCAAUGAAUUGGCAACACAGGCCCUGGUUUUAAUGAUAGUUGGUACGUCAGUUAAAUUAGUGGCUUACAUAUUGAGUAAUUCGGUGGCCAAAGCCUUAAGAUGUUCAAGUAACUGUGAAGAAUUUAGAGAUUGUGGAGCAACUGUACAAUUCCUGGAGAAAAUGGAUAUAUUGAAUACAUGUGUUCUUGGAAUGGUUGUCAACAUAGAAACCAUAAUAAAUUUAGCCACAUCCUUGCUUCAAACACAAAAAUAUGUUCUGGCAUACAAAUUCAGCCAAGACCAUCUUGAGUUAUUUUUUAAUUUCAUUCGAAGUGUAGGGAGAAGCAAUGAUAAUCCAAAUGUCCAGCAACUGCAUUCUAUUUUCAAAAAAGUGUACUAUAGAUGUGGUAUUGUCCCUGGAAAAACAGGGAAUGUACAGGAACAAAUGAUUGUUGAAUCAGAAUUUAAAGUUCCAGAGGAUCAAUUUAAAGAUAUUUUUGAAGAGACGUAUUUAGAUUCACAAAUAAUGACAUCUAAUACCAUGUCCACUGUCAUUGAAAAUCCAUCUAACACCAUGUCCACUAUCAUCGACAGUGCAGUAGCGUAUAUUGCUGGAUGGGUUGUUAGAAAAGUUGCCAAAACAAUCGAUUGUAACAAGUGUAGAUUUGCACUUAUUGAUAUAAAAGGACAAGCUACCAUGUUACACCAACAGCUUCUGAUACUAAAAGACAAUGGUGGUCUAGUUUUCCCAUCCUGUGGUGUUGUUCAGGUCAGAAAAUAA